CUAAAACAGACCACAGUCAAUAACAGUAAAUAAAUUAAAGGUAUUAUUAUAUAAAGUUGAUGGUUUAAAGCUAAAGUUUGAUGUUAUGAAGACUGGUUUCAUUUACUUAUCUGGAGGCUUAGAAUGGAAUAAUAUUGAAGACACGACCUUGACAUCCUAGAGUCAUGACCUUGACAUUUUAUCUUUAUGGAAACAAAAUUAAUGACAAUUUACAAUCACAAUUAAGUGUGGAACACUAAAAUGGAUAUAAAAUCAGUUCAAUGAAUGCUUUUCUACAGCUUUCGACGUUAAGUCUUCUUCAGAAAACAUUGACGUUUAUCAGCUCAUAUGGAAUAAUACAAUUUUACAGAUAAUACUUCGGAAAAUAAAACUUUACAUUAUUCAUGGGGUCAUCUCCAUCUAAAGGACCAAAAACAGUAAAAUGGGAGGUGGCUGAUGAGCCCCCUGAGAUGAACAAGUUUAUCAAUCGUGAAUGGAAGCCAAAAGUGAUAAAAUUGAAAAGGCGACGCGCAAUCCCCGAGGGUUCGAUCAGCGUAAAAAUUCUAGACGAUGAAUUUGACUGUAAUAUUACCAGUAUGGCUUUCUUACCAAAUGGAGAUUUAUUUGUUGUUGAUCAGGCAAACAAAAAACUGAAACUAUUUAACAAACACUUUAGAUAUCAAACCAGUGCACAAAUGCCGUCCAACCCUCAAAGCGUGUGUGCAAGCCCAAACAAGCCUGAAGUGUUUGUCACGUUUCCAGCAUCAAGUCGAAUACGACAAAUCGAAACUUUUAGAAAUGAUUUAAAAAGACUUGAAACCAUACAAACUAUAGGUAAAUGUACAGCUAUUGCUAGUAACAGGUUUGGCGGUCUGGCCGUUGCUAUAAAUAUCACAGGAAAUCAAUGGCAAAUACAUCUCAUGAAUUCUAGAGGCGAAAUUCAAAAACGUGUUCACGGAGAAAGUUUAUUUUUAAACCCAGACCACAUAGCUAUUACGGGUGAUAUGAAUCUUGUUAUAUGUGACCGUGGAAACCAUACUGUGUAUCAUAUCACGCCAGAUGGGUACGUUAUAUUCGCGUACAAGGAAAUAAAAGGACCGAUGGAUUGUUUUAUUGAUAAACUUGGCUACAUCUUUGUCGCGGGACCCGAGAGGAUUCAUCAACUGAACGAGCGAGGUGAGAAAGUACAAUAUGUCAUAUCAAAGGCCGAUAUAGGAUUUGCUCCCGCAACUCUUGCAUACAGGGAUGAUGAUGAAUUUUUCCUAGUGGCGGGAAAGUCGGACAAAAUCAGGGUGUACAAACUGAAAAAUUUCUAAAAUUGUUUGUGCAUGCCUUAAAUAGAAGGAUAUUUUUCAAAAAUAUUAUACAGUACACAUCACCAAAAUUUUGAUGGCAUAAACAUAGGAAGUAAUCAUU